AUGUCCCCUGUCCAGCAAUACUGGCUUCCGGGGUACGGGCUAUCCCGACACGUUGUCCUAGGUCAUAUCCAAUACUUUCUUGGGCCAAGUGCAACGGUUAGACCCUUUGUCUAUCAGGUAUGUCCUGCCAGUGCCUCCACUAUGCCCUCUAUGCGACCCAUUCUAACCAGUUAUACAUGCAGGGACGCGAUGGUUACCUCAUCAAUGGCGUGCCACUCACACGGGUUUGUCUUUCCAUCUUCAUUUGAAGACAAAAUGGAAUUGGAAAAAGGGUCGAACAUAACACAUUACUAA